AUGUGUGCCGAAAGGAACUGCGAGGACUUUAUUCAGGUUGAUGUUUCGACUGACGAAGACGCGUCAGCAGCAUCGGCAUCAGCACCAGCACCAGAACCGGCACCGCCACCACCACUGCUCUUACCACAACUAGGACCGCAACAAAUACUAUCAGAGGAGACGUCACCGGAAAUAGAAGUUAUUCCACCAGCUCUGUCGUCCUCCUCUCCACCUCUCGUCGCACCCCCUGCUAUCCAAACCCUUAUCAUUGACGAGGUGACCCAAGGCGACACAGACGAUGAUGACGAUUCAGAUUUCGAGGAUGAGACACUAGCGGAGCGUCUUCUCGGUCUCACUGAGAUGUUUCCUGAGUGGCUGCGCUCUGCGGCAGCUUCUGCACUUGAUGGAACAGUGGUGAUGGUGCGCGGCGCCUAUUCGCUGUCGCGCUCUUCUGCGUGGUUUGCUGCCUCCGUUAUGACGGUAUGUAUGCUGCCACUAAUGUUGGAGCUAGAACGCAACCAGAUGGAGGAGCAGGAGGCCUCGGAGCACCGAUCGAUGAUGCUCGGACCGGGUGGAGCGGGCACUCAGGGAUUGGCGGGAUUCCAGGCCAAUAUGCCGGUGCUGAGUCCGGCCAUUGCCAAGUGA